CUCGUUUAUCAGAUCGAAAAAGAUGUAAUAUUAGGACCGGCCUCUCAAUUGAGCGACGUUGAAGCAGUUGAAGAAUCUCCGCUGCUAGACUUAAAAACUCGUGCAAACGCAAUAUUUAUACCGACACUUGACAAGGAACUUAACAAGAUUAUCACUUUUUACCUCUCUAAAGAGAAUGAACUCUUUAAAGAAGUCACUGAACUUUUUCAAGAUUAUGCCGUAUUUCAAAAUCUUGAAGAUUCUGUUAGUGUCCGUAGUAGUUCGGCUAUCCUAAGUCGGUCUUAUCAAUCAUCAGAAGGUGCGAAUAGACAUAGUCGUAGAGGAUCUCGUUCUCAUAGGAAGUCAACCUCAGAGUCCGUCGUUUCUUCAUAUGUUAGUAGUGAUGAUGAUGAUGGUUAUAAUACUCCAACUACUCCAACAAAUAGAACUGCUUUUUUCAGUAGUUCACCUAUGGAUCGACGACAUUUUACUUGGGGUCCAUCAUCUAUUGAUGAACAAAGGAUACACUUAAAAAGACGUGCAAUUGAUCUUUUCGUUUGGUUAUCUGAACUUAAAUCAUUUGUUUUUUUAAAUAAAACUGGUUUUUCAAAAAUUUUAAAAAAAUAUGAUAAGAUAACCGGUAGUAAUCUAAAAAGUUCUUAUUUAAAUAAUGUAAAUGAUGCCUAUCCAUUUAAAGAUUCAACUCUUAAAAGUUUAGAUGAUCAAAUUUUAAAGAUACAAGAAAUUUAUUCCAAUAUAUGUACGAAUGGAGAUAUGGAUAUUGCUAUGCGUGAACUUAAAACUCAUUUAAGGGAAUUCAUAGGCUAG